UUAGUCUCGAAGAAAGCGGGGGAGGAACCGAGCGCUACCGUGUCAGUCAGUCAAACCGCUUUCCCAUUGAGGAAUACUGGUUUCCUUAAACGUCUAUUUUCUACAUCGGUCGGUUUGGCUUUUUCUUUUCCCUAGAUACGAACGGAAAGGCGAUUUUCACAUCAACAGCACAGGCCAUUUGCUCAUUUUGUCCCUGGUGGGACUUCUUGUCAUUUUUAUGGAGGAAAGUCUUUCUGAUUGCUCCUCAGCUGCUGUGACAUCAACUCUAUUUCCACCUCAGUGCCGUGCACUUCAAGGCAUUGCCAUGUGGACACUAACCUAAUCUUGCAUCCUCUGCCAGUUCAUGUCUGAGGACAGUGACCCAAAGCUCUAUCGGUUCUCAACUCUGGACGGCUUCCAGGCUAAGGAAGAGCGAGGCACCCUGCGUGGCUCUCUGAGCCAGCUACACCGCAUGGCGAGCAGUUACAGCGAGGGGUGUGGCAGGCAGGACGGGGGGGAGCUAGAACCUGAGUUAGGACUGGCUUCUGAGGGGAGCGACAGCAGCCAUGAGCACCCAGCCUCGUUGGGCUCCUCGCACGGUGACAGGAAGCACCAACGGACGCGUCUACACGAGGACGUAGAGAUGGGUGGCAGCGGCUCGAGUGGGAGUGGGACAGAAUCCCACGGCAACGAAUCGCACGGCAAUGAGUCCCAUGGCAACGAGUCCGUGGGCAGUUCAAAUGGCAACGGAAAGGAUUCUGCUCUUAUGGAGUCAUCGGGGAGCAACAAGAGUUCCAACUCCCACAGCCCUUCUCCCCCGAGCAGCUUCAACGCCUUCAGCCUGGUGAGCUCUGAGCAGGACAACCCUUCAACCAGCGGCUGCAGCAGCGAACUGUCGGCCAAAGCCAAGACUCAGAAGGAGCUGUUCAAGAUUCUCAAGGAGCUCAAGAUGCACUUGCCUUCAGAAAAGAGGAGUAAGGGCAAAUCCAACACUGUCAACACGCUGAAAUAUGCCCUGCGGUGUAUCAAACAAGUGAAAGCUAACGAGGAAUACUACCAGAUGCUGAUGAUUAAUAACAGUCAGCCUCCUGGCUUCGAUGUGUCGUCAUACACCAUUGAAGAAAUUAACACCAUCACCUCAGAAUACACCCUGAAAAACACAGAUAUAUUUGCUGUGGCGGUGUCGCUCAUCACCGGGAAGAUUGUUUACAUUUCAGACCAGGCAGCCUCCAUACUGAACUGUAAGCGGGAAGUUUUCAGCAAUGCCAAGUUUGUGGAGUUCCUGACGCCUCAGGACGUCAGCGUGUUCUACAGCUUCACCACACCGUACCGCCUCCCUUCAUGGAGCAUGUGCACCGGAGCAGAGUCGUCUCCCACAGAGUGCAUGCAGGAGAAAUCCUUCUUCUGUCGCAUCAGCGGCGGUAAGGAGCGUGAGGGGGAUCUCCAGUACUAUCCUUUCCGGAUGACUCCUUACCUGAUGAAAGUCCAAGAUGCUGAGCUGUCUGAGGAACAGUUCUGCUGCCUCCUGCUGGCGGAGAGGGUGCACUCUGGAUAUGAAGCCCCCAGGAUUCCUCCAGACAAACGUAUUUUUACCACCACACACACUCCUAACUGUGUGUUCCAGGAUGUCGAUGAGAGGGCUGUGCCUCUGCUGGGAUACCUCCCUCAGGACCUGAUCGGGACUCCCAUACUGCUUAAUGUGCACCCCAGUGACCGGCCAUUAAUGCUGGCUGUGCAUCGCAAAAUUCUGCAGUGCGCCGGUCAGCCUUUUGACCAUUCCUCGAUCCGUUUUUGUGCACGAAAUGGCGAAUACAUCACCAUCGACACCAGCUGGUCCAGCUUUGUGAAUCCUUGGAGCCGCAAGGUGUCCUUCGUCAUCGGGAGGCACAAAGUGCGCAUGGGCCCUGUCAACGAAGAUGUUUUUGCAGCACCAGCUUUCCAUGGAGGAAAGAUGAUGGAUUCAGACAUCCAGGAUAUUAGCGAGCAGAUCCACAGGCUGCUGCUCCAACCGGUCCACAACAUAGGCUCCAGUGGUUAUGGCAGCAACGGUUCCCACGAGCAGCAGGUCAACAUCAGCUCAUCCAGCGAAAGCAAUGGAAAUGUCCCAGCAGGGAGCACGACUGAGGAGACGGGAAAGACCAAGCCCUCGAGGACCUUUCAGGAGAUUUGUAAGGGAGUCCACAUGCUGAAGAACCAGGACACCCAGGUCUGCAUGCGCUCCUCCUCGAUGUGGCAGCCCAAAGCUGAGCAAAGAAAGACCAUUGACACUCAGAGGAGUUCAGGGGUCCUUGUAAGGGACUCUGCCCCCCCUUCACAGGUCAGAGACAACACUGGAGCCAGCAUGGACGGCUUCACCUACAAAGACCAGACUGUGUGCUCCUACCAGCAGAUCAGCUGCCUCGACAGUGUCAUUAGGUAUCUGGAGAGUUGUAAUGUCCCCAUCACAGUGAAGAGGAAAUACCAGUUCUCAUCAAACACCACGUCAUCCAACUCAGAUGAUGACAAGAGGGGCUCAGAAGAUGGUAUGCAGGUGCCUCAGGGGACGCACCCAGACCCUUUGAUGCUUGCAACCCAGCCAGGCCUGUCAAACAUGAAAGCACCUAAGAAGCCCCCAUCUGGGGCAGCUGCUGUGGUGGGGGGCACCCUGGCACCACUAACUCUGCCCAGUAAGGCUGAAAGUGUUGUGUCCAUCACCUCGCAGUGCAGCUACAGCAGCACCAUCGUUCAUGUGGGAGACAAGAAGCCUCAACCGGAGUCUGAGAUCAUUGAAGAUGUUGUAGAGAGCCCAGCACCCCCGGCUGUUCCGGUCAGUAUGGUAUCUCCACCCAGUCAGGAGAAGGAGGCCUACAAGAGGCUGGGGCUGACGAAGGAGGUGCUGGCAGCACACACCCAGAAGGAGGAGCAGGCCUUCCUGAGCCGCUGCCGAGAGCUCCGCAACGCCAGAAGCUUCCAGAAGGAAUGUUCUUCAUGUCUGCUUAACCAGAGAGGUCCAGCUAACGCUGAAGACUCACCUGGUCAACAAGCAGUUGCCAAACAAGGCCCCACCAGGCCAGAGACGACCGCCAAGAAAGGCAACCGCAACAGAAAGUCCAAGAAACCACGAAUAAAGCAUCCUGACUCGUCAGACAGUGCUGUGUCCGAUCGCAAACCCCGGCCUCCACUUCAAGGUUUAAAUCAGACCUCUUGGUCCCCGUCUGAAGCGUCCCAGUCAGCUUUUAACGUCUCCUACCCUACCGUGGUGCCUGCAUAUCCUCUGUACCCCCCAACACCUGCUGUGCCUGCCCAGGUCUCCUGCGCUGAUGCAUCUCUCUCCUCUGCCUUCGGAGAAGGGCAGAACGCCCAAGCUCCCUCCACCAGCACUCCAUUCCCUGCUCCAAUUGUUACACCCAUGGUGGCUCUGGUGCUGCCCAAUUAUCUUUUCCCCCAAAUGGGUCAGGUAAAUCAGGUUGGUCAGCUGGGCGCAGCACCUAGACCAACAUUUUUCACCGAGCAGACGCCACCACAACCACCUUACUCUACCCAGCAGGCCUUUCAGACGCCACAGGCAGCAAACCCAAUGCAAACACAGCCCUCCUUCACCCCGCAGCAGCCAUUCCCUGUGCAGACUACCUUUUCUCUGCAGCAGCCUUUCCACGCUGCACAGGCCCCAUACAUUACCCAGCAGCCUUUUCCGGCUCCUCAGACCGCAUACACUACCCAGCAGCGCUUCGCUGCCCAGUCGUCUUUCCCAGUGCAGACACCGUUUGUGGCCCAAGCUCCUUAUCCAGCUCAACCUUUCCCCUACACCAAAGCACCCGAGCACACCAAAGCACCCACGACAGAGCCCAGAGAGGAACCAGCUUCACGCUCCUCCACCCCUGCUUCGGGACCCAGGGAGCCCACUACGUCCCCUCCGCUGUUUGGGUCACGCUGCAGCUCACCCCUGCAGCUCAAUCUGCUGAGCAUGGAGGAGGGGCAACGCUCGGUUGAAAGGCAGGACAGCACAGCAGUCCCACCUGGAGGUCAGGGCAGUGGCGCAGUAGUGGGGCCAGGGGCCGCAGGGGACAAGAGUGGAGGCGCAGCUAAGACUGAUAAUCACCAACAGCUGGAACCUAGAGGUGAUGGGGCACAUAGCGAUGAUAACUCCUCAUCCUGUGACCUACUUGACAUCCUGUUACAAGAGCAGCAGGAUACCCACUCUGGCACCGGAUCAGCCACCUCUGGCUCCAUGGGCUCAGGUUUGGGUUCAGGCUCAGCAUCAGGCUCAGGCUCCAACGACUCUCAGACCUCGGCUAGUGGAGCAUCUGGUAGCAGAACAGGAAGCAGCAACACCAGCAAGUACUUCGGCAGUAUCGACUCUCUGGAGCAUGACCCAAAGGUCAAAGGCAAAAUGAGAAGCGAAGGAGGCUCAGAAGGCAAUAAGUCCCAGCCCAAAGUCUCAGUUCAGGGGGAAGGGGAGCAUUUCAUCAAAUACGUUCUGCAGGAGCCUCUUUGGUUGCUCAUGGCCAAUGCUGACGACAAGGUCAUGAUGACGUAUCAAAUGCCAUCCAGGGACAUUCAGAGGGUGCUGAGGGAAGACAAGGAGAGGCUGAGGCAGAUGCAGAAGAGCCAGCCUCACUUCACCUCAGAACAGCGGAGAGAGCUGGUGGAGGAGCAUCCCUGGAUGAGGAGAGGAGGCCUCCCUGCAGCUAUUAAUGUGAAGGAGUGUUUGUACUGUGAGGACGCUGCAGCUGCACCCAUUGAGGAGGAUCUACCCGACAUGGACAUGGGCGAGCUGUGCGAGGACCUGGGCAGAGAGGGCCAGAGAGGCCAGAGCCAAUCAAAGGAGCCUAAACCUCAGCCAGACCCUGGCUGGGGACAAUGAUUCCAGGAUGGACCUUUUUAGGCACAUAAACACACACAUUCUCAAUGUGUGCCUGACCAUCGUGACUGAAACACACACACAAGAAGAAGAGCUCACUGUUACCAUUGUGAUUCCUAAAGAUGUGUGCCAGUGGUGUGUGUGUGUUUAUGCUGGAUGUUGGACUGGGCCCAAGUGCAGUUUCUGAAUUUCCCCCACAGGGGGGGUAGUAGAGGUCUAUAAGAGAUUUUUAGAUGGGAUCUGCCUAUAGGAUUAUUCCUGUUUCACACACAAUCUCAGUCUCUAAAAUCUCUCUUGAAGCAUUUCUUAUUGAACUUCUUUUAUCAGACAGAGGGCAUUUAUUCUGAUACAGGUGAAGCCAAUGCUCUCUAAAUCUUGUGUUAUAUCUUGGUAAUAUAUACAAUUUUUAAAGAUAUUAUUUUUACAAAACCAAAAAAAGCACCUUAAAAAAAAUAGUAAAAAAUCCUGUGACCUGUGACCCCCCCCCCCCCCCCGCCCCAGCAUUCCUGUUACAAUGCUGCGCUGCUCCCCAUCCUGUUUGUGUUCUCCUGACUCCCUCCGUGAUUUUUCCCUUUUACAGCCUUUACACCCACCCCCCCCCCCAUCAGGAUUAAUGUAAAAUAGACGAGGUUCAUUUCACAGCUGUGUGUCAUAAAUAAAUUCAAGUUUUUCUACUAUCUUUGGACCCGAGCGUGUGAAGUAUGAAUGCAUACAGCAGUAUAAUGUGGGCUGAGUGAACUUGCUUCAGUGGUGAGAAUGUGAUACAGAAAGGCUAUUUAUUAAAAGUAUAGUAUUGUAAGUUUUUAGCAGAUAGUAUGUCCAAACUAGAUGUUUAAGCCAAAGCCAAAUGAAUACUACUAAAAGAUAAUAUAUUUACACUUAAAGUACUUUGAUUGUAAGCACUACAGAAUGUUUAACGACACUAAGGCUCACUC